GAUUUGAUUUCUUUUUAUUUGACAUUGCUCUUACGCGUAUACAGUUGACAAUUUAUUUUUAUAGUUUAUAUUUGUACAAACGUUCUGUUCUUGUUAGUUGUCUAACAGUUUUCCGAACUUGGUUUUGGACGUUUUAUAGUAAGUAAUCAAAUAUAUUUCUUUAAAUCAUUAAUCUAUCAUGUACGCUGUUGCUAACUAGAAUAUAUUAUAUAAUGAAGAAAUUUCUAAUAUUUUUAAUUUUAAAAUUUUGGUAGACAAGAUUUAAAAUUAUUAAAAAAAGUUUAAAGUAGGCGAUAGUAAUUUAAACAUUAUGGGAAUUAAUUUUGAUCUUCUUUGUUUUUAAACUAAAGUAUUUUAAUUUCAAUGGAUUUGUUAUAACUAUAGAUUAUUCAUCAUGAAUCAACAGCAACAACAAUCUCCACAGCAGCAGCAGCAGCAGCAACAACAACAACAGCAGCAACAACAACAACAACAACAACAAUCAUCUCCACAACCCCAAACUAACGAAGAUCAAAAGAGGCCUAAAGAGGAAAAUGAUGACGAUAAUCAGACUAAUGAAGGAUUUGUUGUAAAAAUGCGUGGCCUGCCAUGGUCAGCCACAGCUGAUGAUAUUAUCAAAUUUCUUAGUAUAUUAGGUAUUUUUAAAAUCAAGUUUAUACCCUACUUGUUUUAUUGUAAUAGAACUCGCAUUUAAAGAAAAACUUUUAUUAAUUAUUAAUUAAGUAUGAUUUCAAUAAUGCAAUACUAUUGUGAUACACAUUAUCAUCUGAAAGUAUUCUAAAUCACACAUUUUCGUAUUAUAAUAUUUUAAAAUCUGACAUAUUGAUAAUUUUUCUAAUUUCCAUUAUAGGAUAUCCGUUCAAUUGAUUGAAUUGCACUUAUUACCAUUUAAAGCUGAUAAUGAUGCAUAAUUUUUCUAAUAAUUUAUGGUUAAUAUUCACCAUUGAUUAUUUAAUUUUACACAUGUUUAUGUUUAUAUUUAUAUUUAUAUGUGGUUGUUUGACACGAAUAUAAUAAUAAUAACCAUUGAGAAUUCAAUUGGGAAUCAGCGUGUAGCAUUAUUGAAGGGUCGCUAAUAUAUUAUUAGUUUAAUAGCUAUUUUAUCUAUAAAGUUUAAUAUUGAUAAAAUAAAGAAGCAUACCUUUAUAAUUUGAUCUUAUUUUUUUUUUUUUUUUUUGCAAAUUAUCAACCACGGAUUUGAAUUUUAUUGUUUAAUGUAGUUAAAUGAUUAUUAAUAAGAAUGCAUUUGUAUCUUUCAUAAAUUUUGGACCAAAGAAACUGUUAAAUUAUAUUUUAUUAAUAUAGGUGAAGCAAAAGUUAAAGGUGGUGCAGCUGGAGUACAUUUGACAAUGGCUAGGGAAGGACGACCUAGUGGUGAAGCUUAUGUAGAAAUGGAAUCUGAAGAAGAUCUUAAGGCAGCUCUUAAGAAAGAUCGAGAACAUAUGGGAAAUCGUUAUAUUGAAGGUAAAAAACUUAAUAGGUAUAUACACUAUAUGCUUGCUAUGAAUCCAGAACAAACCAUCCCCAUUAUAAUUUUAUACACAGAUAAUUCAUACUACAUUUUUCCUAACAUUAAGUCUUAUCAAUAAUAAUACAAUUAUAUUUUUGAAACACAAAAAUGCAUUAUAAUACAAGUAGUUUAAAUUAAAAAAUAAAUUAUAGUUAAAAUGGACAAAAUAAUAUCAUCAAAUUAAAUUAAAAAUUUGAAAAAUAUAAUAAAAUUCAAAGUUUAAUAUUAAUACUUUCUAUAUAAUUCAAUUAUCGUGUCUUUGAAAAGUUUAUGUUAAUUUUAUGACAAAUAGAUACAUUUUUUUUUUCUGUGUCAUUAAUAGUUUUCAUAAAAUUAUUUGAAAAUAAAAUCUUAUAAAAACAUGCUGAAAAAAAAUUAUCGUGUACCGAUUGUCUGUUUAAAAAAUGGUGAUGAGAUUGGAUUGUCUGCAUGCGAAGCUUUAUCGCGGGGACCAAUUGUCUGUUUCCUGCUAGCUAUAUCAGAUGUAUAAUUAUAAUUAUAAAAGUUUCGAUCUUACAUUAAACCUAAAAUAUAAUUUGUGGUACUAUUUAGGUAUUCCUUAGUGAUACUUCAGUGUGUCAGAUACAAACAAUUAUUUUUAUAUUAAGGUACAAAUCUACUUUACCAGAACUUGAAAUUUUUCAUUUAACAAUUCAGUAUAAACUUCCAUAUAACUGUCAACUGAGGAAUUGAAAUAAUGAUCGCUAUUUAGAGGUGACUGUCUUUUAGAAGUUUCCUAAUAGAGGCACUUGACGGAACCAAAAGAAAUGAGGUGGCUGUUAAUGGAAGUUUUACUGUACUUUUUUGCUGAUUACAAUUUUGAAAAAAUAUUGCAUAAAUCAGUAUAAGUUGAUGAAAAUAUAUACUUCAUUAAUUACUUUGCAUAAUAUUUUAGUGUUCAAUUUAUAUUCAUCAACUGUAUUAUACUAUAUAGUGUAAUAUUUCAAAAUUAAUUGUAUAUUUUUUUGUUUUUUAGUAUUUCGAUCAAAACGUUCAGAAAUGGAAUGGGUUAUUAAAAAAACUGGCUCAACUCUUGAUAGUGUAUUAGAUGAUAAUUGUGUUCGAUUAAGAGGUCUUCCAUUUGGAUCUACUAAGGAUGAUAUUGUUCAAUUUUUCCAAGGUAUACUUUCAUUUAAUUUUAUAAAUUGAUUCACAUUAUUUAUUUUUCCAAUUUUUGGGUUCUUAUACAUUUGCUUUUCUUUUUUUUCUUUUUUUUCUUUUUUUUUUUUGGUGAUUCAAUAAGAUUUUUUUUAAAAAUUUCACUUUGUGAUAUUUGUUUAAUGAGUUAUUAUUUUUCUUUUAAAUAUCAAAAUCCUACAUUAUAUAUUUUGAAUAAGGAGAAAAAAUUAGCAUCUAUUAUACUAAACAUGCAUUUGAUGUUAAAUCUUUUUUCAAUUUUGUGAUAUUUAUGAAACAUUGCAUUUAUGAAUCUGUAUUAUAAUUAGAUAUAUUAUAUUAUAUUAUGAAUUAAAAAUGUUGAUAUUAUCCAACAUGUAGUUACUAGUUGACCAUACAUUAUUUAUUAUUCCAAUAUACUACAAUCAAGUAACAGACUAGUCGAUAGCUAUAUUUUUUCCAAUGAACGGGAGGUGGACAAUCGUAUAAAGAUUAAAGAUCAUUAUAAUAAUAAUAAUAAAUUAAUCAUAUAACUAUUUCCAAUGUUUUUUGACGAUAGUAAUAUGUUAAAGUCCAUUAUUAUGUUUUAUUUACUUGUACAGGAAGGUUUAGCUCAAAAUUAGUGAUUGAUUUUGUACUCACUUCCUUGGUGAUCUAUUUUUAUUUAUUGACUUGAAAUACUAAAAAUUAGCUAUAUUAAAUUUUACAUAUUAUUUUUACAUUUUUUAUUAAUUUAAAACUUAAAUUUACUUUAUAAUUUGUUUAAGAGUGGUUUUCAGAAGUAAACAUUUCAAUUUUAUAGUAGGAAAAAAACUAUUUUCUUCCCAUUAGGAAAAUAUGUGGAGUGCAAUUGGCCGCUCCUUUGCUGCUGUCAUAGUUACUAUAAAUAGUGUUAUAAUUUAAAAAUCAAAAUAUCUUUUAUUAUCAAUAACUUAAGAUUCAAUUUUUUAAUACAUACAUUUUAUAAUUUUAAUAUAUUUUUUCAUGUGGUUUACAUAUAUUUUAAAUUAAUUAUUAUUCUAGUUAAAAUAAUAAUUAAUAACAUUUUACUAAAUUUAAUAUAUAGAAAUAUUUUUAUUUUUUAAAAUUGUACUGCCUAUUAAAAAAUAUUUAUUAAAAUUAAUGUAGUGUAACAAUAUACAGAAAAGUUAUAAAUAUAAAUGUUUUCAUUAGUUUUAUGUUCAAACUAACUUCAACAAUUUCUGUACAUACAAUAAAUUUGUGAAAAUAGUCAAUUUAAUUUAAUUUAAUUGCUUAACUAAUACAAUUUACAAAUUUUAGUCAUUCGGAUUCAUAUAAUGUGUAUUUGUCUUAUUUAAAUAUAUAUUAAAUACAGUUAUUUGUGUAUUACAAAACGCGUACACAUAUUUUCAUUCUUCUUUUGAUCAAUAUUAAUUUAUAAAACUUUUUUUUGACACUUGAUAAUAGUAAAAUUUAUUAGGCCUUUUUUUAUUGUACAUUUAGAAAUAUGAGUUAAAACUUUCUAAAAGCGUUACACUAUGGAUAAUACAAAUAUGUGUAUUAUAAUGACCAUAAACUGCUUCAAAAUUUAAAUAUCACAAAACUAUUAGUAAACAGUUAAAAUGACCUUAAUGAAUUGCCUUGUUUAAAAAAAAAUGUUGUAAUAUGUAUAUAUUUUCAGACUUAAUUAUACCUUUUGUUAAUUUAACUUUUUGUGUUUUUGGUUGUGCUAAUGAUUGGGUUAUCUAUGAUUGGUUGUAUUGUGGGCAACAGGGUUGGAGAUGACACCAGACGGUAUAACCAUAGCAACCGACUUCACGGGGCGGAGUACGGGGGAAGCUUUUGUACAAUUUGUAGACAGAGAGAAUGCAGAGAAAGCUCUGCAGAAACACAAGGAGAAAAUAGGACACAGGUGGGGUAUUAUCCUCUAUCUAUCCCGGUGAAAAAUUGGCGGGUAAUAUAAUCACAUGUAGUUAAACAAAGGGAGGUCGGGAGGGUAAUCCUUCACUCCUCCUUAUUUGUGGUUUGUUUUUAUUUUUUUUUUUUUCUAAUUUAAUUUAAGUGGUAAUUUAUAUACUUAAAAAUUCUACAAUAUUAAAGCUAAGUUAAAUAUGUUUAGACUUAUAUUUUAUUUUUAAAUUACUAAUACUUUUUUAUGGUUCUUUAGAUAUAUUGAGAUAUUCCGCAGUAGUUUAGCAGAAAUCCGCAAUCAAGCAUUGCAAAGAAGACCUCGACAAACUCCAUAUGAUAGAAUGGAUCGUUUUGGUAGUGGUGGUGGUGGAGGUAGUGGCGGUGGAGGUAGUGGACGAUACUUUGAUAUGCCUAUGAGAGCCGGACGUAAUAUGAAAUCAUUUGGAAAUAAUGGCUAUGAUAAUGGUGGAGGUCCAUGGAAUAGUGGUAGAAAUAUGGGUGGACCAAGAGGAGGUGCUGGUGGUGGCCAAGGUAUGAUGGGUGGUGGUGGUGGAGGCGGUGGAGGCUGGAAUAAUAACAACUGGAAUGCUCCACCAAAUAGACCAUUAUAUGUAGUUCAUAUGAGAGGAUUACCUUUUAAAGCAAACGAAGAUGAUAUUGCUACAGUAAGUAUAUUUAUUAUUUAUAUAAUUAUAAAAAUAAGUUUUAAUUUAAUUAUUAUUUCAAAUGUAGUUUUUUGAUCCAUUGGAACCUGUUGAUAUACGUAUUCUUUUCAAUAACAACAAUAGACCAUCAGGUGAAGCUAAUGUUGAAUUUUCUAAUAAAGAUGAUGCAAUGAGGGCCAUGUCAAAAGUAAGUUUACUAAUAUGUUAAUAAUUGACAUUUUAUUUAAAAAAAUUAUGUAUUAUGAAUAGGAUAAAACAUAUAUGCAACAUAGAUACAUUGAAUUAUUUAUGGAUGGACCAGUUGGUGGUGGACCAGGAGCUGGUGGUAAUAAUUUUAGUAUGGAUGAUAUGGGCCCACCUAAUGCAGGCAAUGGCGGUAAUUUUGGUGGAUUUGGAAGCAAUUCAUUUGGAGGCGGUGGUGGCGGUGCAAAUUCUUUUGGAAACAGCUCAUUUUCUAGGCGUAAUGAGAACUCUGGCCCUCCAAAUUCAUUUUUUUCAAAUAAUAUGGGCGGUGGUGGCUACCCAAGACCUUCAGGACCUAGAAAUAUGUCAGGACCUGGCCCAAAAUUCAAUCCUUUCUAAUUUGUUAAUAUAAAUAAAAAAUUGUUUGACUAAGUAUUAUCUAUGCUUUAUUAGCAGGUUAAUGUUUAUUUUUAUUUUUUUUUUUUAAAUUCUUAAGCUAAUAAUAAAAUUGAAUUUACUUUUUGACAUUUAGUACUAACUAUGUUAUUAUUACUACCACGCAGCAAAUUUCCUAUUGAUUUUAUUGUAAUAAUCAAUAGUAUAACUUAACAAGUUUCACUUCUAUCUAAUUUGACCUUAUUCAUGGUUUAUGUACACAGUAAAAGGUUUUAUAAUAUAAUUUUAUUUUUAAAAGCGUAAUUGCAUAAUAUGUCAUAGUACUAAAGAACAUUUAGUUUUAUCAUUUUCCUAUUUUGCAAAUGUGAGGUAAUUUUAUGUUUUUGAAUCUUAUAAGUUUAAAUGUUGCAUAAUUUUCAAAUUACAAAUAAUAUAAAUGAAUUGGUGUAAUUAUAAUAUUGGGACUUUUUUAAAAAUUUAUUUAAAACUUACGUUUUACAUAAGUUUUUUUUUUUUUUUUUAUGUAAACAUUAAGGAAAUAAUUUUAUAUUUAUUAAUAUUAGUAUUUGUAUUUAAUAUAGCUUCUGAAAAAUACAUGAUUACUUUUAUUAAAAAUUAUAUAGAUUUUAGUUUGGUUUUAAUAAUUAUUAUGUACCUAUAUAAAUUACCUAUAAAUUAUGCUCACAUCAAUUAUUUAUAAUUCAAAACCUAUUGUAUUUUCUAUUUAUAUCUUUAUACAAUUCUAAAUAUUCUUAUACAUGUUUGGGCUGUCUAUCUGUCCUGGUUAAAUAUAUUUAUUUUAAUGAUCAGUUUCGAAUAUAAAUAAAUGAUAACCUAAUGAUAAUAUAUUUCACCAAAAAAAAUAAAUAAAAACAAAAAAUGAUAAAAUUACUUUUGGAUAAUAGUUUCCACAUUUUAGGUAGCUAUAAAAAUAAAUAAAUAAUCUGUAGCUAUAUCUAUUUACCUAGUAGGUAGGGCUAAUAAACUAUUAGAGUAUAUUUAAGUACCUAUUAAGAUUCAACGAUUGAUGUAAUACUAUGCUUAGCAAAAUCAGCAAUAGGUGCCAGAAAAAUUAAACAUUGAACAAAAAAAAUAUGGUUCCAACCUACCUGUUGGGCAUUCACUCAUACGUUUUUUAUAGAUAUAAUAAAUUACAGAACUAAACAAUUUUCAAAUAGCAUCAAGUUAAAGCUCUCGGUUAGUAGCCACUUCUCUUACCAUCUUAGUCAUCACCCUAGAUGAAUGAAUAUUACCUAGUUUGCUCUCUUAAUUUAAUAAGAAGGAUGAAAAUUUUACAGAUAUUGGAAUAGAUACCUAUAUAUUUAAUAAAUUAUUAACUGAAAUAGUUUUUCUAUAAUUCCUAAUAUAAUAAUUAAAUUAUCUACUUAUAUGAUAUUUAGAAAAUAAAUUCAGUUAUAUAUAUUGUUAUUUGUUAGUGUAUUUUAGAUUCUGAGUGUAGCAAAGAAUGUAUUAGUUUUACAAAGAUAUUUAUUUUUUUCCCAAUAAAUAAGAUAAUUUUUUUUACCCUAACAUUCACCUUGAUGACCACCUUAUUCAAUUUGAUACCACCGUCACCUAUCUAGGCAUCACGCUUGACACAAAACUACGUUGGAAUCCUCAUAUCUCUUCGCUUUCCGCUAUCACAUCUCGGUGGGCUAAUUUUCUCAGGACCGUAUCUUGCACGUAGUGGGGUUCUCAUCCUACCUGCUUGUUAUUCAUUUAUCGCUCUAUCAUUCGUUCUAAAUUAGAUUAUGGUUGCUUUCUCUUCGGUUCGGCUGCUCAUUCCAACUGGAAAAAAUAAAUACACACCAAACGUCUUGUCUUAGAACUAUAAUGGGAUACGUGAAGUCCUCCUCCGGGCUGGCUAUUGAAGUCGAGACAAUCUGUCCUUUUAACAUCAAGUACCGGUGGCUUGCUGGAAAGUUCAUAUUAAAAUCUUUAGCUCUUUUUAACCAUAUUAUAUUUGAUACCUUCUGUUCCCUUUUUUUCACCUGGCGUUAUACACCCAAAGCAAUGCCUGUCCUCUCUAUUGUAGCUAACAAUCUAUUCAAUUUUCACCAAUAUGUUAUAAAUUCAAAUAAAUUUCCACUCUAUGAACAUCCAUACAACUCUCUUCUCUUUAUCCCUGCAAUUCAAAUUAUUAAUUUCUCUGAUUUAUCUGUUACUGAACUUAAAUCAAUGCCUAAUUCUUUUGUCAAUAAUUCCUUUUCUAGUUACCUCCUCAAUUUUUCUAAUUUCAUCAUCAUUUAUACUGACAGCUCAGUCUCUCCUCUUUCUGCCGGUUAUUCCUUCUACAUACCUGAACUUCAUGUUUCCUUCUCUAACAAUCUAUCUUCUUCUUCCUCUUCUUUUACGGCUGAGUGUUAUGCUAUACUCGAAGCCCUUCAUUUUAUUUCUAACUUAGCUCCUAAUAAUUAUUUAAUCGCCUCUGACUCUAUGUCCUGCUUACAAUCUCUUAUAUCCAAUUCAUUUAAUUCUAAACUUUCACCUCUAGUCUUUCAAAUUAAAUCAUAUCUUUAUUUCCUAAAUCAGUCUAAUCGUCUAAUUCAAAUUAUAUGGAUCCCUGGACAUGUCGGUGUACACGGUAAUGAAAAGGCCGACGAACUCGCCAAAUCUACUUCCAAUACUAUUCUUCCUCCUCUUGCUAAAUUACCUUGGACCGAUUUUACCCCUUUACUUCGCCGUCACAUUACCUGUCUUUGGUCCAAUUACUGGAAUAACUUGCCGGCUCACUUUGCUUCCAAAUAUAAAUCUAUUGUCCCCUCCAUCUCUAAUAAAAAAAACUUGGUUUUUUAAUUUAGAUCUACCUAGGUCUACCAUAGUCCGUUUUAACCGCCUUCGUGUGGGCCAUUCGCUUCUUCCUGAUCAUGCAUAUAAACUUGGGUUAAAUAAUUCUCCCUUUUGUACACUACAUUUAACCGAAAGCGUCUGUGACAUCUUUCAUUUAUUAUUUGGCUGUCCUUCAUUUUAUACUAAACGUUUAUCACUGUUCAAUAAUUUAAAAUCUUUAAAUGUCUCACCUCACCUUCCUUCAAUGCUUAAUACCCAUUCUGAAAUGGUCAUUAAGCAAAUAACUACUUUCUAUUGGAAGCUGGCUUUGCAGUUUAAGUUGUUUUUAGAUUUUUUCUAAGAAUAUUAUCUAAAUACCCAUAUUUGAUACAAUGUAAAUUUUUUUUUUUUAUAUAUAUAGUUUUUGUCAAUCUGUCAUUACUUAUUGUUUUUCUUUAUGUUUAUUGUAUAAUUGUGUUAANUCAUGCAUAUAAACUUGGGUUAAAUAAUUCUCCCUUUUGUACACUACACUUAACCGAAAGCGUCUGUGACAUCUCUCAUUUAUUAUUUGACUGUCCUUCACUUUAUACUAAACGUUUAUUACUGUUCAAUUAUUUAAAAUAUUUAAAUGUCUCACCUCAUCUUCCUUCAAUGCUUAAUACCCAUUCUGAAAUGGUCAUUAAGCAUUAACUUUCUUAUUGGAAGCUGGCUUUGCAAUUUAAGUUGUUUUUAGAUUUUUUUUUUUUUUCGCACAAUAUUAUCUAAAUACCCAUAUUUGAUACAAUGUAAUUUUUUUUUUUUUAUAUAUAUAGUUUUUGUCAAUUUGUCAUUACUUAUUGUUUUUCUUUAUGUUUAUUGUAUAAUUGUGUUAAUCUUUAAGUGUCGAGCUGUCAUAGUUUUAACUAGAAGCUAAUAAAAAAAAAAAAAAAAAAAAAAAAAAAAAAAAAAAAAAGAUGAUUUACCAAAACAUUGAUUUUAUUAUUUUCAAUUUUGUUUUUUUAUUAUAAUUCAGUGCAAAAUAUUACUAAUGACUUUACAUUUGACUUUUAUAGACCUGAUAAAAUGUUUAGAACAUACGAGUCAGUUUUAAGCAAAUCAGACAUUUUAUUUUUGUGAGUAUUUUACGUAAUAUUUAUUCGGUAGGUACUCGGAUAAAAUUGGUGGAUCAAAUAAUUUAAAGUAAGUUAAACAGUAAUGCUUGACAAUUUAAUAGAAGAUUCAUUAUAAGUUGUACUUAGUAAUCAACAAAAAAAAAAUUGAGUUUGAUCUAUAUUUUUUUUUGAGAAUUUAUAUUUAUAUUAAAUAUAAAAUGUUGACAAAAAUAGUAAAUGUUAUUAAACAUAUAUAACCAAAUUUCGUCCAUAAUCGUUUUUCGUUAGCAAAGAUUAAUCAUGUACAUUCAAUUUUCCUUUAUCUUCUACCUUUCUAACUUCUCAUCUACAACAGUGGUCCACCCAUCGUGUGGAGUAUGUACAUCUUUUUAUUUAUGAUACAUUUAACUACUAGUGAUUAAAGAUAAUAACUAAUGAGCAUCUCAUUUUAUUAACCUAAUUUCUGGAUAUUACUAAAAUAUUGCUUACCUUAAUGUGGACUAUGAUAAACAGAUGACAACAAUAAUAUUUUCAGUUUAUGUGCUGAUAAUAUAUUAAAGAGACAAACAAAUUGGAGGUAUUAUUUUAUAUUAUACAUAACUAUUAAUUAUUAUUUAUUCUUUUACUUCUCGACUCCUAUUACUCCAGCAUCCAAAUAAAUUAUGAGAAAAGAAAAGAAAUUCAAGUUUAGUAAUAGUAUUUAUUCUAAAAAAAAGAUUUAAACCCAAUAUUGACAAUUGAACAAAAUUAUGUUUAUUUCAAUCAAACAAUAAAUCCAUCAGAGUUCAAUUACUACUGAUAAUUUAAAAUCUUAAACAAAUGUUUUACCACUAGCUUUUAAUGCUUUUAUUAACUAAGGUGUGAGGGUUUAUUGCCACUCCAAUAAUGACAACGUAUGAAAUUGGCUUGUUUUUAAAUACAAAUGUAGAUGACUGUUUGUACACUAUAGUGUAAAUUAUGGAAUUUACUUUUAAUAAAAAAUCAUGUAGUACCAAAUAUAUUAUGUUUAUCCUUUUUUAUUAACAAAUUUAAAAGGAAAAUAAGUACAAUGACAUUUAAAUAUUUGGUAAUUCUUUUAUGAUCGGUCUACUAAGAAAAUCAAAUUGGACUAUUUAGUUAACAUUAUAAUUUAUUUUAUAUAAUGUAUAUUAAUUAAUAAUAAAACAUGCAUAUUAUAUUAUAUAAGUAUAGUAAUGUACAUUUGAUAUUUCUGCUAGUUUUUUGUUUUUUUAAUACUUUUUGGAUGUGAUUUAAAAUUCUAUAUUUUCUUAAUAUAUUUCAUAUUGUUUGGUAAUGUGCAACAUAAUUAUUUUAUUUCUUAAACUAUAACAGCAAUAGUUUUAUUAUUUAUAUACCUAUGGGAAAAAUAAAAUGUUUGUUAGAAAUUAUUAUAAUUUAUAAAUUAUGUAUCAAUUUAUUAUUUACAAAGGUUAUGGUAUAAUUUACAUAUAUUAUUUAUUGUGUUAAAAUGUGAUUCACUGGUAACAAUUUAUAAUACCACUAACAAACAAUACUAAACUAAAUACAUGGAUAAAUAAAGAUGUAUGAUUUUUAAUACAUAGAUGGGUCAUCUAUGACAUUUAUGUUCAGGUACUUAUUUUCAGCAAUUAGUUACUGAAAAUUGGUAUCAAAACACAUGUCAGAAUAAAUAUUAUCUAACAUGUUUUUAAUAUAUUAUUCUAUUCAUUUGCAUAUUAUAAUACAAAAACACAAAUGAGGGUAUCUAUCAUAGAAAAAAGACAAAUUUGUAGUACAUCAUGAUUUUCAGUCGAUCUUGUUGUUUGGUGGUAAUCUAAAACCGAUCAUAUCUGCCGUUUGUUGUACGGUUUUUUCCUGUUUCUGGUGUUCGUCGGACAGUUCGCGGCAUACGCGUUGAGCCCUUAAGUAUUGCAUAUAUGUGUCAGCAAUCCAAGCCAUCUCGUCGGGUCCGCGACAGUAUUGGGCUGGGGUGACACGAUUGAAUCGAUACUCGGACAAGAGAAACCGCACCAAAGGUCGGUCUAGUAUACGUUUACUACCGGACGACGAGGAAUGUCGAAGCCGGAGUUCACGAGCCAACGACCGCAGAAGUGCAAGAGACGAUCUCUCAAACAUAAUAUUAAUAAACCUGACGAAAUUCAAAAAUUUGCUAUUGUUGUUGCUU